AGGGUGUUUUGAAAGGUCGUGAGGAGAAGUUGAUGGUUUGGACUGACAUGCUGAAGAUGGUAGACGACGUUGACUUCUUUUUCCAGUACCCGUGGGGGAAGAUAUCAUACCAGAAGUUGUUACAAACUUGUCAAAAAGACUUUGUUGAAAUGAAGAAGCAUUUACAGAAGAAGAUUGAGAAAGGAAAGACUCAGAAGGAGGCCAAGUACUCUAUUUAUGGGUAUGCUGCAGCAUUGCAGUAUUGGGCUUUUGAGUCCAUCAUUGAGUUGGGUCAGGAUUAUGCUGUGAGAUUGGGCCAAGGCAUACCAAGAAUGAUCAACUGGCAGAGCAAGGAGAAAGUAGAGAUACACAAAGAGGAACUUAUUAAGUUGUUUGCCAAAAAGUUGACAGUAUACCCCUACCUGUGUGCCCGACCGGCUGAAGAACAGUAUGUGAGGACCCUUACAGACAAUGAAGCCCCAUUGUAUGUGGACAUGGGGUUAGAGGAACUAGAGGUGGGUCCCGAUGGACAGCCUACACAGGAAGCCUUAUAGAGCCAGACUGAAAAGCUUGCUGAAAAGUUAGCUGAGCAAGCAGAAGCAGCAAAUAUUUUUAAGGAGGUUCCACCAGCUCAACCUGAGGCACCUGAGGUUCCCCCAUCAACACCUCAUGCAAGCACCUCCUCCCAAGCUGAGCAACCAGGCUACUCUAUGAUUUUGGCCAGGUUGGAAAAGGUUGAAGGGCAACAAAGUGCCCUUAUUAAAGGUCAGUCCGAGAUCUUGGGUCAAUUGCAGAAGCUGAUGACAAUGAUGGAAGAUCUUAGUACGCCAGUUCCAGAUCCACACCCUCAGUCCACUGAAGAAGGCCCUCAGUCUCCUGUAGAUGAAGACAUUCUCCCUAACGAUUACAGACCUGAUGAUGUAGAUGAUCACAUUUUUCGCACACCAGAGGAUAUGCAAAUUACUGUAAUCGGAGAUACUGAAGAUUCUGAGGUACAAUUCAUAAACAUAGCUCCACCAGCACCAGAGAAGAGGAGAGAAAGAAAGAGGCCUAGGUGGUUCGAUGAGUACACUGCAAUGAUGAAAAGGAAUAAGAAAUCGAAGACAGCAGUGAAUGUGGAUCCAUUGAGGGUUGUUGAUGGUAAAUUACUUAUGACCUUUCACAAGUGGUUGCUUGGCACCAUUGGGAAUAAAUAUCCGAGGGAAUGCUUCUCAGGGACACACGAUGCUGCUUGG